AAAGUUAAAUUUGGAUACUUCUCCCAUUUAAAGCGUUCAAUUCCCAACGAGUCAGCAGUUUUAGCACGGCAGCGAAUUGUUCAACAUCUGGAUCCACCUAGAUUGUAGUUUUUUCCCCAUCUGCAGCGCCAUUUAACCGAGGAAGUGGGAAAAACCUGAGGAAUUCCAGGCAAGAGCGGACAAAAACCCAGUGAAAAUGUACGGCAUUGAUAAUUACCCCAAGAAUUAUCAUGCGAGUGGCAUUGGCCUUGUCAAUUUAGCGGCCUUGGGAUACAGCAAGAAUGAAGUAAGCGGCGGAGCAGCCAGCGAUGGAGGCGCCAAGCCAAAGGCGGGGCUCUACCCCUCACUCCCAUACCCAUCGUCCGAGUCCGUGGGUGGCAUGCCGUAUGUGGUGAAGCAGACGAGUCACGCACAGAACACCUCGUACCCGGGCCCUGGAAUGGGCAUGGGCAUGGGAAUGCCACAACCGGGAGCAGCGCCAUCGGCGCCCUAUCCAAGUGCCACACCAUUUCCCGGCGCUGGUCUCUAUCCCAGUCUGCCAUCUGCCCAGUCGUUUUUGCCGUAUCCCUCGGCUCCGCUGGCGCCUUAUCCAACGGGUCUGCCCUAUCCUGGUGGAAUGCCGCAGCCGAAUCUGCCAUAUCCAGCUGCUCCACUGGCUCCGUAUCCGAACGCCAUGCCCGGCUUUCCCAGCAUGCCGAUGCCGUACGCCCCGAUGCCCACCAGUCCGGCUCCGCAGCAGCAGGGAGGAGGAUUUCCGGCUCUGCCUUAUCCGUCGGCUCCGCCACCGGCCAGUGCACCCACGGCGGAGGAGGAGCCUUCCGUGGGCGUAGCCGAGUUGAGCUUUACGAGCGUUAAGGUGCCCGAGAACCAGAACAUGUUCUGGAUGGGCCGAAAGGCCACUAGCAACCGACAGACAAGCGUUCACGGAACCGACUUUGCCACCCUGCGCGAAUCUUGCGUAGCCAAUGGAACCAUGUUCGAGGAUCCCGACUUCCCGGCGAACGAUGCUUCGCUGAUGUACUCGCGGCGACCAGAUCGCUACUACGAGUGGCUGCGUCCCGGCGACAUCGUAGAUGAUCCUCAGUUCUUCGUUGAGGGCUACUCCCGAUUCGAUGUCCAGCAAGGCGAGCUGGGGGAUUGCUGGCUCCUGGCGGCAGCCGCAAAUCUUACGCAGGACUCGAAGCUGUUCUUUCGCGUGAUUCCGCCGGAUCAGGAUUUCCAAGAGAACUAUGCUGGCAUCUUCCACUUCAAGUUCUGGCAGUACGGCAAGUGGGUGGAGGUGGUAAUCGAUGACCGCCUACCCACUUAUAAUGGUGAGCUGAUCUACAUGCACUCCACCGAAAAGAACGAGUUCUGGAGCGCCCUGCUGGAGAAAGCCUACGCCAAGUUGCAUGGAUCCUAUGAAGCUCUUAAGGGCGGCACCACGUGCGAGGCCAUGGAAGACUUCACUGGCGGCGUUACCGAGUGGUAUGACAUCAAGGAGGCUCCUCCAAAUCUAUUUAGCAUCAUGAUGAAGGCCGCUGAGCGUGGCUCAAUGAUGGGCUGCUCUCUGGAGCCGGAUCCACAUGUGCUGGAGGCGGAGACGCCCCAGGGUUUGAUCCGUGGCCAUGCCUACUCCAUUACCAAGGUGUGCCUUAUGGACAUUUCGACACCGAAUCGGCAGGGCAAGCUGCCCAUGAUCCGGAUGCGAAAUCCCUGGGGCAACGACGCCGAAUGGAGUGGUCCGUGGAGCGACAGUUCGCCCGAAUGGCGGUUCAUUCCGGAGCACACGAAGGAAGAGAUCGGUCUGAAUUUCGAUCGGGAUGGAGAGUUCUGGAUGUCUUUCCAGGACUUCCUUAAUCACUUCGAUCGCGUGGAGAUUUGUAACUUAUCGCCGGAUUCACUGACUGAGGACCAGCAGCAGAGUUCACGCCGCAAGUGGGAGAUGUCCAUGUUCGAGGGAGAGUGGACUUCCGGUGUAACGGCUGGCGGUUGUCGUAAUUUCCUGGAGACAUUCUGGCACAACCCACAGUAUAUUAUCUCACUGGAAGACCCAGACGACGAGGAUGAUGAUGGCAAGUGUACUGCCAUUGUGGCUCUGAUGCAGAAGAACCGGAGAAGCAAGCGCAACGUUGGCAUCGACUGUCUGACCAUUGGCUUUGCCAUAUAUCACCUUACGGACAGGGACAUGCAGGUGAAGCCGCAGGGACUUAACUUCUUCAAAUAUCGAGCCUCUGUAGCUCGCUCUCCGCACUUCAUCAACACGCGAGAGGUGUGCGCUCGGUUCAAGUUGCCGCCUGGCCAUUAUCUCAUCGUUCCUUCGACUUUCGAUCCCAACGAGGAGGGUGAAUUCAUCAUCCGUGUCUUCUCGGAGACGAUGAACAACAUGGAAGAGAACGACGACGAAGUAGGCUUCGGCGAAACAGACGACCGCAUUGCUCCGGCUCUGCCGCCGCCGACUCCGAAGGAGGAAGACGAUCCGCAGCGCAUUGCCCUGCGUCGCUUGUUCGACAGUGUGGCCGGAAGCGACGAGGAGGUUGACUGGCAGGAGCUGAAACGAAUUCUAGACCACUCCAUGCGCGACGUCAUGGUGGGCAACGAGGGCUUCUCCAAGGACGCCGUACGUUCGAUGGUAGCCAUGUUGGACAAGGAUCGCUCCGGCCGCCUGGGCUUCGAGGAAUUCGAGGCCUUGCUUACCGAUAUUGCCAAGUGGCGGGCGGUGUUCAAGUUGUAUGACACUCGUCGCUCAGGCAGCAUCGAUGGCUUCCAUCUGCGCGGAGCCCUCAAUUCGGCUGGCUACCAUCUGAACAACCGGCUGCUGAAUGCCCUGGCCCAUCGCUAUGGCUCGCGAGAGGGCCAGAUUCCCUUCGACGACUUCCUAAUGUGUGCCAUCAAGGUGAGGACAUUCAUCGAGAUGUUCCGCGAAAGGGACACAGACAACUCGGACACAGCCUUCUUCAACCUGGACGACUGGCUGGAGCGGACCAUUUACUCGUAAAUCACAGUCAAUUGAUACUAAUCUAAUCCUAAGUGCCACGCAUACUUAAAUUUACGAUAUGCAUUAAUCAUGCAAGAGCAGAGCAUCACGCCGUACCAUGACCAUAUUGCCUGAAGAUCAGGAAAGAGAGAUACACUCACUAAGCCAACAAGAGAAUCUUAUCGUAUAACGAAAGCCGGAAAUACACAGAAUCACCGAGUGGCGAAAUUGAAGUGGCCUUGGCAUGAGGCACGAGGUGGCGAUACAGAAUAAACACGAUAUAAAACCCGUAUACACAACACACUAAGAUAUAUACACAUUAUAUAUGCGGCGUUUGCUGGAGGGAUGACUAAGAGAGCAUCCAUAAUGUGAGUUCUAUGAGCACCUCGCCAAGAGCCUGAGAUUGCCAGUACAAACUAAAAAGUGCAUUAUUCUACCUUACAUUUUCUACGCGAAACUCAAAGCAGCCAUCAAUUACGCAUUAACGUUUAUCACUAAAGAUAUAGAAUUGAAUGUUCAUAUAUAUUUUUGUAAUACCGCAGUAUAUCGUAUGUGUUUGCCCAGGUGCUUGCACUAAUGCCAAUCAAAAGCGCAGCUUUGUCCAACAAAUGUUAAUGUUGUCAGGGAAAAAAUCGACACAAACUGAUCCAAUCCACUUAUCGAAUAAUUGUAUAAAAAUAGUCAAAAAUCAGUACAUUUAUCAAUUUAAAUCCCCUCCUUUUGUAUUUAUAAAGUAAUCUCAAGAAAGUAUCAAUUGCAACCUAAAGAUCAAAACUAACUAAAAGUAAUCUAUAUUGGUAAGAGGCUUUUUCUUUCAGAUAUAUGUAUGUAUGUACCUUUGUUUUAA